UGAAACUCACGGGCUGGUGGAACACGAAUACCAGAAUCGAAACUUAGUUUGUCUCACUGAGACAUUGAACGUGACCUCGUAUAACUGACAGAGUAAGGAGAGACGACAUCUAGUAUAAACGCUCAAUAGUCAUAUUAUUCAUUCAGUCUUGAGUCAAUUGAAGACGAACAUCCAAGAUGAAGAACACCUAUUGUAUUUACAGCACUGGGAUACUGUCAGUAGUCGUUGUAAUUGUCAGCAUCGCGCUGGUUUUGUCGGAGGUCUUCCAAAACGCACUCAACGCACGAAUAAAGAAGGAAAUAAUACUGAAGAAUGGCACUGAAGCGUUUGAAGCCUGGGAGAACCCUCCUCCGGCAGUGUAUAUGCAGUUUUAUUUCUUUGACCUGAGAAACCCCUUGGAGGUACUUCUAGGAGAGAGGCCAUUUGUGGAGGAGAAGGGACCUUACACUUACAGAGAGUUCAGGCCAAAGGACAAUCUAAGAUUUUUGGACAAUGACACUAAAGUAUCAGCCACCAUGCCCAAGACAUAUGUGUUUGUGCCUGAGAUGUCCGUGGGACACCGAGAAGAUGACCCAAUCAGAACUGUUAAUGUUCCUGCUAUAACAGUGAUUGAAAAAUUUAAAACUCACCCACUGAUAAGUAACAUAAUAUCAUCAUACAUGAAGUCCCAAAAUAUAGGUCUGUUUGUGACCCGUACUGUACAUGAACUACUCUGGGGUUACAAAGAUCCUUUACUUGCUGUUGUUCACAAAGUUCGCCCUGAAAUUGAUGAAUACUUUGGCCUCUUUUAUAAGAUGAACACCACUGAUGAUGGUGAAUAUGUCGUCCUGACUGGCAGUCAGGACUAUAAAGACUUUGCCAGAAUAGUUGAGUGGAGAGGUAAAAGCUCGCUGGAUUGGUGGACCACCGAGACAUGUAAUAUGAUCAAUGGGACUGAUGCAGCUUCCUUUCACCCACUCAUAACAAAAAAUGAAACAAUCUACAUUUUCUCAUCUGAUUUGUGCAGGUCUCUCUAUGCUACAUUUGAAAAGGAAGUCCAUGUGAAGGGCAUACCUGCCUACAGAUUUGUGCCACCCAAAGAAGUAUUUGCCAAUAUCUCAGUAAAUCCGGCGAAUGCUGGCUUCUGUGUGCCAGCAGAAAACUGCUUGGGAUCAGGGCUCUUAAAUGUCAGCAUGUGCAAGCAAGGUGCGCCAAUUAUUAUGUCAUCUCCGCAUUUUUAUCAGGCAGAACAGAAAUACAUUGAUGAUGUGGUCGGAAUGAAUCCAAAUAAGGAGGAUCAUCAAACAAUAAUGGAUAUUAACCCGCUCACAGGCAUUCUUGUGAGGGGUGCUAAGCGAGUCCAGGUGAACGUCUUUGUUGAGAAAAUUGAAGAUUUUAGCCAAACUGGAAAUGUGUUAACACUGGUUUUCCCUGUGAUGUAUCUCAAUGAGAGUGUGGAGAUUGAUGCCAAGUCUGCAUCCAAAUUGGAGUCGGUGGUGUACCAGGCCAAUGUGGUCAUCAACAUCCCCUUCAUAAUAAUGGCCUUUGGGAUUCUUCUGGGGGUUAUCUUCAUUGUAUUGUUAUGCAAGAACCGUGAGCCAGAGGGAACUAAAGAAGAACAAGGACCUCUCUUGCAAGCAUCGUCAUAACCAUGCCUAAAGGAAAAUAUAUUUUUUGAUCGUGGAAGCUUUGAAAUGCUCGCUGCUUGCAGCUCUAUGGGGGAGGGCUGGCCUUUCGAGGCUAGUCUGAUAAGUUCCUUUCUCUCUACACUGUAACCCUAAUGUUUACCAAUUUCACUGCACUACCCAUAUAUAAGUGUACCAUAGUAAAAGCACAGCAUAUGAAAACAUUGUACAGAAUGAGGUAUGGUAAAUACAUAGAACUGUGGGAGUGGCAUUGUAAAACUAAAUUACUAAAAAUACAGUGGUACAUUUUUAUAUGGGUAUUGCUUCUAGAAUAAUAUUGACUACCUGUACGUACUGCAUGGUAAUGGUUGCUAUUUGAACUGCAGGUUGCUGGUUACAAGCUCUAAUUGUUCAAAGUGGAUUUUUGUGCAGCACCAAACUCACUUAAUCAAAUACACUAUUUUAUUUAAUUUUUAAUAAAUCCAGACACUACUGUGUUAUGAUGGUACUACAAAUAAAGGUUUCUCCUCAAUUACUGGCAUUAUUAUAAAUUAUGCAGGUUUUACAGGUUUCCUCUAACUUCAUCUGUAAUACUGUUAGGCAUCCUCUGAACAUCUGGUUCUGGUCUUUGUUCCAACCAUGUGCUUAAUAAUUUUUGCACAGCUUAGAACUUUUCAAACCACGCCUAUUUACUUUGGCACUUGGGGAGUAGUCAUGUCAUUAUUUAACUCCUAGGUGUGUGAGUGUUGAGCCACAUUUAAACUCCAUGUUGUGUGUUAAUGCUUUCAUAUAGUGGUUCAGCUGUACAUAUUAUCCCCAUUACAGUCUAACUUCCAUGUUGUUAUUUUCUGCUCGCUUUAAAAUCAAACACUUCUAAAAAGGGACUGCUUGUCUUUGAUUAAUGAUUGACCAGCUUCAGAAUUGAUGUAUUGGAUGUCUAAUAACAAAGUUAUAGCUAGUAACAUUCCACAGCUCUUAGUGUGCCUGCUUUAUAGUGUGUCAAACAGGUGAACCUUGUAGGUAAUACUGGAGCUGAAGAGCUAAGUUUAAGAUGUAGUGAUCUUGUAUGCAGGUACAUUAUAUAAAGACCCUAGAAUGGAGGCAUUACUUUUGGAAUAGAUAUUUUGUUUGAAUGUUAUAUUAUAUUUGAAAAGUAUCUUAUCAGUAUACUCUCUUUUGAAGUGUUUCUCUUAUUUUGUCAUCAGUACUUUUAGUUGCAAUAUAAUUCUCUCUCAUUAUCAGUUAUGAUUUUAACUACAUACUAUAAAAUGUCUUGAGUGGUCAUAGUCCGAGAGUAAAUUUGAUUAAUGUUAAUACAGGGGUAAAAUAAAACACUACUAACUAAACAAUGCAAUGAAAAUAUAUGUUUUAUUAUUGUAUGCACAGACAUUUAAUAUGCACAUCUAACUGAAAUAAUCAAUGCAGUGUGGUAUCAAAAUAGUUAAAAAUGUAACAAAAGAUAACCAGUGUGAUUUAUUUUUUGGCCAGAGUUGGUUCUUUGGCAUUUGAUUUUACAUGUUGGUCUUUUGUUUUGUAGUGAAUUAGUCAAAUAAACAUUAUGGUAUUCUAAGAUUCUGUAGAUAGUCGGCAAAUAAUUAUAUAAAACUGUUUGCUCUACUACUGUGGAAUUACAGAAUGUAAUUUUUCAUUAAAACAAUGUGAUUGCACUAUACAGAUUAUUGUAAGGAAGAGAUAAACAUACUGUGUUUUAGUCUACUCAAAAAUGUUUAAUUCAGUAAAUUUUGUAAUGUUGCUACAUCAUAUUAAAACAAUUUAAGCACAGUGUUUUACAAUUAAACAACAGUUAUAUUCACAAUUUAAUGUAACAAACAUAACAAUAAACCAUUCUAAAAGA